AUGCGAUCUACUAUACCGACGGCUCUAAACUGGGGGACCGAGUGGGCAUUGGUGUCCACGGCACAAACCCAGAACUACACCACCGCCUCCCGGCGGAGUGCUCGGUUUUCUCGGCCGAAGCAGCAGGAAUCUUCCAGGCCAUCACACAUCACAGCACCAAGGGACGGUGCCGUACUGGUGGUAACCGACUCUAACAGCGCCAUCUCCGCCAUCGACAACAUAAAGGCCAAGCACCCUUUCAUCCAGGGCAUCCAGGCGGCCCUAGACGCUGCCGAGCAUCGGACGGUACUGAUGUGGGUCCCCGGGCACUGCGGAAUCCGCGGCAACGAACGCGCCGAUGUCCUGGCCGGCAUUGGCCGGAACAGCCCCUACCUCACCCGGAAAAUCCCAGCGGACGAUGCCAAGAAAUGGGUCAUAGACACCAUCCGACAAGCCUGGGCCAACGAGUGGUGGCGGAAUCGGACCCUCUUCCUACGGAAGGCAAAACCAAGCAUAGAACCCGGAGAAGAUCUCCCUAACCGGCGGGACCAGAUCAUCCUGUCCCGACUCAGGACGGGACACACAAGAGCAUCCCACAACAUGGCCGCCGGAAACUCCGGCUUCCGCCGGCAAUGUGAAAACUACGACACCCCUAACACGGUAGAGCACUUCUUGUGCGUCUGCCCGGCACUUGGGUCGGAUACCCGUAGCAGCAGGAGAAAGAUCAGCGGGUACUCUCUGCAACCGUCGGGGCGCCGUCCAACCGGAAGCCGGUAG